AUGCGUCCCCCGGUCCAAUGGCUCGGCUACGCCGCCCUUGCGAGUCUCGUGCUGUCUGCUCCUGCUGACUUUGAGACAACUCAGCUGACGGACCAGGAUAUUGGCGAUUUCACGGCUUUAUCUUUCGGAAACAGGAACCAGCGCUGGCGUCCACGAUCUUCUUGCAAAGCCUUCCCCGGAACAGACGACUGGCCUAGCGAACGCGAAUGGGGUCGCCUGAAUCGCACGCUCGAGGGCGCACUGCUCCGACCGAACCCGCCCGCUAUUGUCUGCUAUGAUGGCCCAGAGUACAACGAGGCCAAGUGCAAGGAUUUGAUCCUGCAUGCUGGAGAUAGCCACUUCUACAUCGACGACCCCCUUACAGUCUUGUCCCAGUGGCUGCAAGGAAGCACCUGCUUGCCCGGGCUGAGUCCUAAGGGGAACUGCACGAGGGGCGGAUAUCCGGAGUAUGUGGUGAAUGUGACUAGGGUUAAGCAUGUUCAGGCUGCAGUUAAUUUUGCGCGGAACAACAACGUUCGCCUUGUGAUCAAGAACACCGGACACGAUUUCGGCGGCAGAUCUGUCGGUGCAGGCUCUCUUAGCGUGUGGACUCACCACCUCAAGAGCUUCGAAUUUCUCCCCGAGUACCGAAUGGGCCGUUACAAGGGGAUGGCUGUUCGCUACGGCGCCGGUCUAGAAGCCUGGGAGCUUUAUAACUACAUGGCUGAGCACAACAUCUCGAUCCCUGCAGCGGGAGGCAGAACAGUUGGUGCGAAUGGCGGUUGGUUCGCGAGCGGCGGACACGGAAAUCUGGCCUCGUUCUAUGGACUCGGAUGCGACCAGGCGCUUGAAAUUCAUGCUGUCACAGCCGACGGAGAUUACGUGGUUGCGAAUCCGUACGAGAACGAAGACCUUUUCUAUGCCCUGCGAGGAGGCGGCGGUAGCACCUAUGCGAUAGUCACUUCGGUCGUUAUGAAGGCGUAUCCCCCUACGACAUUGAUUCGAGCGAGUUUGACAGUGUCGAGCAAGACCGGCGCCAACGCGUCCACCUCGUAUCGAGUUGACGAUCCUGAGGUAUUCUGGGAGGCUAUGAAGGUGUAUUUCAGGUUCUCGGCAGUGAUCGUGGAUGCUGGUGGCGUUGACUGGAGCUACUUGACUCCGAUGGGCAACGAAACGUACACAUUCACCGUCGGCAUGACGUUCCCCAACAGAACCACGGAAGAGGUCGAAGAGAUCCUGGCUCCGCUCUACGUCGACCUGAGGAAUGUCGGCAUCGACUUGGACGUGCCUCCUAACCUCGCACCGACUCCAUACGCCAGUCAUUCAGAAGCGCCCGCAGCACCCCUUGCCGACACGCGCUACCGCUCCAGGCUGUUCCCUCGAAAGAAUUGGGAUGACGACGACCUUUUCGCCAAGACGUUCGACGCGAUCCGAAAAUCUAUCGAGGCGGGCUACACGUUCCACGCCCUAGCGAUUUCUGCGACCAAGGAAGUGGCCGGGUGGCCUGGCAGACACGGGGCUGUCAACCCAGCCUGGAGAAACGGCGUGCUCCAUGCCAUCCUCAUCGGGCCCCAACCGCCGAACCUCACGGCACAACAGGCCCGGGACGAAGAGGAAAAAAUCCAGCAGUAUAUGCAGACGUGGCGCGACGUCACGCCGGGUGCUGGGGCUUACAUGAACGAGGGUGAUCCGGGAGAGCCGGAUUGGAAGCAAGCGUUUUAUGGGAGCAACUAUCCCCGCUUGUUGGAGAUUAAGAGGGAUUGGGACCCGUGGGGUGUGUUUUGGGCGCAGACGACGGUGGGGAGCGAUGCAUGGGAGGUUAGGACUGAGGAUGGGUAUCCACGGUCGCAGAACGGGAGGCUAUGCAGGGUUGGGAGACGCGGAGAAGAGGAAAAUGACGACGACUGA